GAUCACUUGUAGAAUAGUGCCCUGAUUAUUAUACCCAGGUGAGGUAGCAGCAGAAAAAGGCUCGUAGAUUUAUGGCCCUGCACAAUAGAAAGAGUAAAUGAUGCUUGGUAAUAGAUAUGGUAAGGAAUGAGGGUGUGGUUUUGUAUGGAACGAGCACCUAUGUCAAUGUCAUUACUAGACUUGUGCACGACCAAAAAAUUUGUCUAUUUUCGUUUCGUACAUUUUCGUAUUAAAAAAAAUUCGGUUCUGUCGCACAUUCGUUAUAGAGUAAUUCGUUUCAAUCUGUUUUCGGAAGCAUCCGUACAUUUUCGGAUCCAUCCGAAAUAUAGUUCGGAUGCAUUCGUUAUAUCACACCCGUCCAUUAUUUCGUACACAUUCGUUACAUUUGGCGCAUUCGUUACUUCGGACAUAUUCGUUAUUUCGGUCGCAUUCGUUAUUUCGGCCGCAUUCGUUUUACUUUUGAAUUCGGCAGAUUACAUUAUUCGUUUUAUGUUGCUGUAUUCCUAACGAUUAACGAAAACAGCCGAAGUAAAGUUAGGCCAGGUCAGUCAGGGGCUCAGAGUUUUCACCCAGUGGCCCAGAUUUAUCAAACUGUGUGAGAGAAAGAGUGGAGUGGUCUGGUCUCCCAUAGCAACCAAUCACAGUUCAGCUUUCACUUUACCAGAGUUCAUUAUCUGACAUGUGAUUGGCUGUUGUGGUCACUCCCCUUUUUCUCUCACACAGAUUGAUAAAUCUUGCCAGCGUGUACUGAGAGUGAGAAAUUGAUUGUAUUGUGCGUAAAUUGUGUGAAAAAAAACAAUGUCUGGAAUGAGAGAAAUUGUGUCUGUGGUGUCUGGGAGAGAGGAUGGUGACGGUGAGCGUGCUGUUGUGGAUGUGAGUGAUAGAGCAUGUGUGAGUGAGCGUGCUGUUGUGGAUGUGAGUGAUAGAGCAUGUGUGAGUGAGCGUGCAAAUGAUGUGUCUGAGUGUAGUGGUGGCGUGGAGAGGAGAGGAGAGAAGAGGAGGAGUAAAGUCCGAGCAUGUCCAAUCGCAAGACAAAGUGGUUGGACAAUAUCGGACUCUGGCAGUGGCAGCCACACAUCUGAGUCUGAGAGUCUGCACUCAGUGGGAGUCCCACCAGCCAAAAAACAAAGAGGGCCGAAAUUCACGGAGGCAGAGAAUGUAGCACUGGUGGCUGCUGUUAGCACAGAAAAAUCCGUGUUAUUCAACACGACAGUGGGCACCCAGGAGAAGAUGGCCGCCUGGAGCCGGGUGAGGGAGAAAGUGUCCCAAGUUGCAAGUGGCACAGCGGACAGGACAGUUCUCAGCAUCAGGCAUCGGUACUAUGACUGCAGGGCAUCAGUCCUCAAAAAAAUAAAAAAGCAGCAGCAGAGGAGGAACAUCAACUUCAAGAACUGGGAGCUGGAGUUGAAGAAGCACCUCCUGCCAGAGGCUCAGACAUCCGAGGCAGAGAGAACUGAUCAACAAGGCCAGGCUUCAUUAAGGAGUCACCAUGACAGUUCCCCACCAUCACCUGUCCUGUCACAUUUGGAGAGCCAGAGUGAGGUUGAGGCAGAUGAUAAUGUGCCAGUACCUGAGGAGGACAUGGGCCAACCCCUGAGCUCAGCUGCCUGUUCACCAGCUAUCCACAGUCCACCCAGUCCACUAUCUCCAACCCCAGCACCCGCAUCUGUCCCAAUGGACACGUACCUUAGGGUACUCCAAGAAAGGGACAGGUUGUCCAGGGAGACGAGGCACCUUGCACGGGAGAUGCGACGCUUGAAUAGGACCAUGCACCAACUUCACCGACGGCAGGCUGACGACAUCCAAGUGAUGUUGGCCCGGGUCAGCCAGCAGCACCUUCAGGCCACAGCACAGCUAAGGGUGGACCUCCUGACGGCAAUAUCAAGAAUCAGCCAAUCACCUCCAUUGGCUGACAGCAGCAGCAGCAACAACGGGGCACCUUCACAAACAUAAAAGAUUAAAGAAUCAUUAUUUUUAGGCUGGUUGACAGUUUUGUUAUGUUAGAAAUGUUGGCAAUGUUCAGGUUUAUUGUAUUACCUCUGUAUUCUAUUACCAAAGUUUCAUGUUGACUUGUAUAUUGUAACCUCAUACAAAAUGGUGCCAAAUCCUUCCUACAAUAUAAACAUGCAAUUGGUAUGAUUAUGCUGGCUGAUUGUAGACAGCAGGCAUACAAGGCAAAAAAUGAUGAUUACAGUUGUUAUUUAUUGCUACAUUUGCAUUCAAGGCCUUUGCCAUCAAAAUAUUAAAAAAAUUGUAGGUAAGAAAAAAUUGAUCUCCUGUUGUGGUGUCUACAUGAUUGAUGAUAACUUUGAUAGCAGAGCACAGAUUCCACCAGUGCAUGAAAUGUGUAUUGCAAUAGUAACUCUAAUUUAUUAUUAUUAUUUACCUCAACAGUUGGAGAGGUGGGGUCCUGAGGCAUUGUGAACCUGGGUGUAAUGUCCGUUUAUUUGUUUUUGCAUUUUCCCGUUUCAGGCCCUGUUCAGACAUUGUUUUUCAUGCAUUAUAUGUUUUCUGUGCUUUUCUUCCAGGCGUGGAAGAGUUAAGCCUUUCACACAUGUGUUAGGCGAGUGUGUUAGCCGAGGAUAGGGGAUAAGAUGUCUGAUCGCUGGGGGUCCCAGCAGUGGGCCCCCGCAAUCAGACAUCUUAUUCCCUAUCCUUUGGAUAGGGGAUCAAAUGUUUUUCCCUGGAAUGCCCCUUUAAGGUACUAAAGCUAUACAUUUAUUACACUGUGACUUUUAAUAUGCUGCUGGGAUCUGUGCUCCAUUUAAUAGAGGUCACUUAAGUGUCAGAUGCAUUGUAAAGCACUACUGUCAUUUAAGGGGUACUCCGGCGCUUAGACAUCUUAUUCCCUAUCUAAAGGAUAGGGGAUAAGAUGCCUGAUAGCG